AUGGACAACAACAACAACAACACCGCCAGCUCUGUCAUAGCACCUCCCCGCGCUCCCGAUCCUCCCGGUCACACCGCCACUGCCACCACCACCGUCGCCAAAUCCUACUCCGCCGCGGUCGGCGCCCGUCCCGCUGCGAAGCCCGGCAACGCCACCAUCGCUCCCUCGACUGACGCCGCCUCCAGCCCCCUGAUGCACGACAUCGCACACUGUAUCAUCAACAAAAACCCAUCCGCAACCUCGUUCGACCAAGUCCUUCUUGCGCUCGACAAACACUACCCCGCCCUCGCCGGCGCGAUGCCCUGCGUCAUCAAGGGUCAGAGCGCCCUCCGCUUUCCAAAGAACGCCGACCUUGACACCUUGAUCGCCAAGGGCCUCCCUAUUGGAAGGAUCACCUGCCUAUUUGAGAAGCUUUUUACCUCUACUGAGGGAGGUGUAAUCCAGUGCACCCUUACGGGCUUCUUCUCAGACACCCGAGGGGCCUGGGCCUACGCCUCUUCAGGGAGAAGAUCGCUCCUUUUGGCAAGGUCCUCCUCCAACGCAUCCAUUGCAUCGGAAAGACGAAGCAUAUCUCUGGAGUAUAUGAUCUCUUCCUUUCCCUCAAAGAUGUAGACGUCCUACCCCCCGCUGCGAUUACCAUUGAACGUGACGGGGCGGUCGAGUGA